CAAACUGCAGUUGAAGGUCACCUGCCAUUAUAUUAUAUGCUAUAUGUAUUCACCAUUAUUUUUGUUGUUCAGCCAAACGCUUAAGACAUGGUGCUAACAACCACAGGACAACUGGUGGCACCGAGGUGGAGCCCACAUUGUUUAAUGCCAUGGUGCAGCAGGCAGGACUUCACGUCAACUCAGGCCAGAUGCAAGAUGAAUUAGAGGUUGAUCGCUCUAUUUUCCAGAAGAAAAUUAGGAAUUCGCUGAAAACUCAUCAAAAUUAUCCAGAGGUCAUAGACGACUUUCUUGAGGGUUUACAAGAACAACUGGAUGAUGCUGGCAGGUUCCGUCUUAGUCUACUACCAGUUUCUAUGUCAGAAGAUACUGAGGGAUAUGGAGGGAGUCAGGAAAGUUUGAUCAGAAUGCUUUUGGGUGUAGAUAUCCUUCAGGGUAUUUUAGAUUACCUGGACAACCUCACUGUGAUACAAAUACGAAAGCUGUUUGCCAAACGCUCAAGACAUGGUGCUAACAACCACAGGACAAUUGGUGGCACCGAGGUGGAGCCCACAUUGUUUCAUGCCAUGGUGCAGCAGGCAGGACUUCACGUAAACUCAGGCCAGAUGCAAGAUGAAUUAGAAUUUUCCAAGCCUGCAGUUUUGCACUGCAUGGAAGAUAUUCAAAAGUGAAAAAAGUGAAAUUUUAUCUGGUGUUUCAGCAAUGGUGUAGAUGAUUUCAAUAUCCCUCACCUGGUCCUAAACCAGUUUAGAUGGCUUGACUUCAUUGCGCAGAGUAAGGAAUUGACUGAAAAAAUGCUAGAGAUGGUUAGCAUAACAUCUCUAGACAUCCAGCGUGAAAUCAUCACAUGUAUUCCUGAGGUGCUGGAUGAUUCAGAACACACUGAGGUUGCUAGGAAACUGAGCGAGCUUCUUUGUCAGAACACUGGACUAACUGUUUCUAUUCUUGAUGCUCUGUCCAAUCUGAGCUUAAGGCCAGACCUCUUAGCAGAGGUGCGAGUGUCAGUUAUCGAGAUGCUGUCACUUUUGAACAAGACAAAUGAUGGGGAACUUUUUACCCUGGAUGCAAUCCGUUCAGGAAUACGUUUUCAGAGAUCUGUUGCAGAGGGAUGGAUAAAGGCUAUAGAAUCCGUCAACUCUUCCGUAAAGCACAAGGUUGUAGACUUGUUUGUUCUGCUUAUCCUUCACUCUACUGCUAAUAGAAAGAAAGCUAUGGAAAGUUUGAUUAGGAAUAAAAUAAAAAAUGGCCACUUCACUGAGGAGAUGCUGAGCGCUGCAUUUAACUCACACACACAGAUUCUGAGGGAUUACUUCUCAAACUUGUUAUCAUUGGCUGAAGUUCUUCUGCGAUCUCCCGACCCUUCUGUCUGUUCUUAUGCUUGUGCCACGUACAAGUUAGCUUUUGUAUCGUUUGACCUCUACUGUCAGCAGGAGAUAGUAGGAACCUUGGUGACUCACAUUGGAAGCGGAUAUGCAGCAGAAGCGGAUGCAUCUUUAGAUGUGCUGUCAGAUCUUGUUGAAUCACACCCAGAUAUUAUGGCGCCAUUUGCGAUAUUUAUUAAAGGUAUUUUAGAUUACCUGGACAACCUCACUGUGAUACAAAUACGAAAGCUGUUUGGUAUGUUAAGUACUCUGGCCUUUACAAACCAACAAGAUGGAGGACUAAUUCAGCUUUCUUUAUCUGAGGAGGAGGGGUCUGAACAGACAAUGGAUACACAGUCCCAGCAAAGAUCCACUCUUUCCAAUGAAGUGUACAAACAGAUUGUGAGCAUGUUAGAAAUGAUACGGAACAGCAUCAGCCAGACUCCAGAGGCAGCAGCACUGUUCUAUGAUGAACUGGCGAGAAUUAUUCAGCUGGGAGGGAUUGAUCCUAAAAUUGAGUCAUGGAUCAGUGAAACAGUUGUUGCAGACUUUCAAGAUGACUUUUUGGUAGACAGGGAAGCACCAAUUGCCAGUGAUGGUCUUCCUGUGGAGUUGUGUCAUGCUUUGGAUGAGUCAGAGGAAGGCAGUAUUGCUGUCAACCUUCUUCCAGUACUACUGGCCUCCAGAAACAAUGCAAGUAGCAAAGAAAAAAGUGAUAGUGCUCCCAUCUCCCUUAUUUGCCUUGCACCACAUUUCCGUCUACUGAGGGCUUGUGAAGAAAGUCAGCACAAGGGUGAUCUUGAAGGAAUUGAUGCUCUUUUAGGGUGUCCACUGGUUAGUUGUAAGCAAGAACUGGCCAAUGAAAUUGCUUCGUUAGAUCAAGCAGAUAGAGAGGUCAUUUGUGGCACUUUGUUUCACACAGUGAACUGGUUCAGAGAGGUUGUGAAUGCAUUUGCAACCCAAGAAGACCCUGAAAUAAGGGGAAAGAAUAUUGCUAGAUUGCAGAACAUCACAGAUCUGUGUAAAGUUCUUGAAAAGUGCCUUGCAGCCACUCCAUCAUAUAAGCCUUCCCUUGCUACAUUUGAUUUUGAAGAGUCACUGGCGACGAGUCCAGCUCCUCAUGGAAAUACAGGAAAACCCCAAAAAGGAAAGAAAGCAAAGAAAGGGUCUAACAGUGAAAAAGCUGAUGAUUCCAUAGAAAAGAUAAAAGAGAUGGAAAAAGAAAAUGUCAAUGACAAAGAAAGUGAUACACAGAAAGACAAUGCCAAAGAAGUUAAAGAGAAAGAAAAGCCAGUGUCAGUGUCAAUGUCACAGUAUAGAGCAUCUCUUAGGGAGCUGGAUCUUAAAACAUUCAAUAUUCUUAAAUGUGGAUUAGUGUCCCGUGCUGUGCUGGAUUCAGACAUGAAUACAGAGGAGACAACUAUUGUGCAGCUCCAGGCACCUCAGCUUGAGUUUUUAUUGGAAGAUCUUUCCAGGAAACUACAACAUUCACUAUCAGCAUCUGCGUCUUCCAGAAGAAGCUUUCUCAAGGCUCGUCAGGAUAAACUGGUGGGCUUCUCCAACUUGUCAAGACAUUCAUCAAAGGAAGUAGCCAAGUAUGUUGUGGACCUGCUGCCAGCCUUGUGUGAGCAUUUAGAAGCUACCAGUGCUUUCUUUCAGGCUUUGAUAGCCCAAAAUGAUGGACUGAUAGAUGGCCCAGGUCAUAAUACCUCAGAAGCACAAAAUAUGGCUUCCUGUUUCCAUCUGCUUUUCAAUUCUUUGCAGACUCUUUUUGGAUGGAGUGGUUAUAUGAUGAGUGAACAUCAGAGUCUUUUAAAGAAGGCAUUGUUUGUGCUGUCAUCACGCAUAAAGCUUUCUAACAAGUCACAGCCUGGAUUUCAAGAACUUCUUAAGUAUGCUCUUUCUCAAAUGAUUUUGACAAUUAAGAAUACUUCCAUUUUGGAUUUGACUUUUGUUUCAUACCAUCAGACUCACAAAGAGAGACUUGUUAAACUGAACAUUUCUGUGCGGAUUUUCCAUAUUAUGAUAAAUUUGGUAAAGGCUUUUGAUCAGAGAUCUAUCAUUGGAGCCUCAUUAAAGUAUGGGCGUUUAUUUGUGGACAUAUUCUUGAAGUUAGGAAUGCCAGUACUCGAUUUGAUGUUCAGGAUGCACAAGGAUGAUAUCCAUGGAUUGUUAAAAAACUUGCAACAAAGUACGAGAUCACUCCAACAUUUUUGCAGUCACAGCAAGGUGGCAAAAGAUCUGUCUCUUACGAAUCAUGUCCCAGCACUCAAGAGGUGCCUAGAGACCUUUGUCUUCAGAGUCAAGGCAAUGCUUACACUAAACAAAUGUCAUGAGGCAUUCUGGCUUGGAAAUCUAAAAAACAGGGAUAUACAAGGGCAGGAAAUAAUGUCGCAGCAGUCUGCAGCAGAGGAACCAGCGGGUGAAGAGGAGGAAGAAGUUGAGGAAAUGGAUGAGGAUGAUGAUGAUGACGACGCUGAGGGAGAUGCAGAUGGCAGUCAUGACAGAGAAUCAAAAAGUGACAAUGGAGAGUCAUACAGCGAGAGUUUCUAAUUAUGGAAAUGCCCUGACAGUGAUUAAUGCCAGUUUUACUGCCUACAGUACCAUCACAUGUAUUGUUUGAGCUCCCUGCUUUUACCACGACAAUACAUUGUGUAUAGAGAAUAUUGAAUUAUUUAGUUUUAACGAACAGAGUAAUAAUGACAAUAAAUAUUAUGCUCCUUUGUACUUUUAUAGUCUUCUAGUAAAACAGACAAGGAAUUUGAAAGCGGCCUAACUUAGAGCCAUUGCAAAAAAGUUACAAGUGAGCAAGUAGAAUUGCAUAUUGUUUUCAACAAAGCUAAUAGUGAUUCUGUAAUGAAUGGCAAGACUUUUCUGUGUGGUACUUUUGUUAGCAAACGGUAUCAAUUGUUAUUGUUAUCUAUUAGACUUGCCGAGCAAAACAUUUCUGACAAUAAAUAUGAAGAAAAUGUUUUUCCA